AUGGCUAAGUCUCAGUCAUUGGUUAUUUUUACUCUUUUUACAAUUUUGUUUGUAAAUGUCAUGGCUCUUAUACCCAUUGAUCCAAGAUGGUACGAUGCACAUGCAACCUUCUACGGUGACAUGCAGGGUGGUGAAACUAUGCAAGGAGCAUGUGGUUAUGGAAAUCUCUUCCAACAAGGGUAUGGCCUUGAAACCACAGCACUAAGCACAGCACUAUUCAACGGAGGUUAUACAUGUGGUGCAUGUUUUGAGAUCAAGUGCGUCAACGAUUCUCAAUGGUGUAUAAAAAAUGUCAACUCAAUUACUGUCACUGCAACAAAUUUUUGUCCCCCCAAUUACUCCAAACCUGAUGGAAAUUGGUGUAAUCCUCCGCAAAGACAUUUUGAUUUGAGCAUGAAAAUGUUCACGACUAUUGCAAUUUACAAGGCAGGGAUUAUUCCAGUUCAAUAUCGACGUGUUCCGUGUGUUAAACGCGGUGGUGUUAGAUUUGAACUGAGAGGAAAUCCUUACUUUUUGAUGGUUUUGAUAUACAAUGUUGGGAAUGCUGGUGAUGUUCAACGUGUUUAUAUCAAAGGGUCUAAUACGGUUUGGGUUCGGAUGACACAUAAUUGGGGACAAGUUUGGCAUACCGGCCUAAAUUUAGUUGGACAGACUUUGACAUUUUAUGUCACUACAAGUGAUAAAAAAUCUCUCGAGUUCAUUUCAGUUGUUCCUUCCAACUGGCAAUUUGGACAAACUUAUGAGAGCAUGUUAAAUUUUUAG